AUGUACUCACCCACGCAAGAUGCAGGCUUGCCUGCCAAUCACAAUGCCGCUGAGGUUGAUGAUAUCCGCACACGCCUAUUCGCAUCAACGGAUGAGGAUGAUGCAGACAAUGUCCCCGCACAAGACAGUGCACCACAGCAGAGCGUCAUUGCCCCAGCACCAGACGCUGCCAGGGUGAACGCUCUGAUGCAGGUCUUUGCGCGGCUCAAGCCCCCUUCCAAUGAACACAGUGCUGACCAGAGCAUCCAACGCCUGGACGACCAAACGCUCAUGGCCACCCCACCACCCUCGUCCGUGGCGUACAAGAAUGCCAAUGGCUCAGUGUCAUCGGCACAGUACAGCUUCUCGCAUGUGUUUGACACAACUGCUCAACAGCGCAGCUUUUUCAAGAGUGUGGGCCUGCCCAUGGUCAAAGAAGUGUUGGACGGUAACAAUGGACUGCUCUUUGCAACGGGUGUCACUUCCUCCGGCAAAACCUACACCGUUCUUGGAUCUCCCGAGAGCCCUGGUCUGUUGCCGCGCAGUCUGGAUGUGCUCUUCAAUUCAAUCGGACAGCAGCUCUGUGAGCGCAACGAUAUGAAGCCACAGCUAUACAACAAAAUUCGCUUCAUGACGCGUGAAGAGGUGGCAGAGGCUGCCACUAUCAAGGCCCAGUGCCUGGACCUGGGCUUCCAGGCUGAGGCCGAUGCCGUGCUCGAUGCCACGGCUGCUCCCACCGACACAGACGCCAACGAGGAGCUGCAACAAUCAACUGUCUCCUCCAACACCUCGAUGGAAGAUAUGGCCAUGCUGCGCGGUGACCGUGAGGUCGAGACGACCACACUUGGCGUGCACGACGGCUGCCAGUACCUGAUCUACGUAUCGUUUGCCGAACUUUACAACGAACUUGCCUAUGAUCUGCUGGAGCCUGUCAGCGGCAAGCAUCGGUCAAGCAAGAAGCUUCGUGGUAGCAAUGGCGCCGUGUACAUUGACGGUUUGCGAGAGGUGCAGGUCGCAUCCAUUGAGGAAGCCCUUCGUGUUUUCACUUUUGGUCGGCACAACCGACGCGUCGCCAGCACUCGAUUGAACAAGGAUUCUUCGCGCAGCCAUUCCAUUUUUACCUUGAAAGUGAUUCGCUUGCCCAACGUUGCGGAACCUCAUUAUGCCAGCAUCUCCCGCCUCUCAAUUGUGGAUUUGGCCGGUUCGGAGCGCACAAGUAACACGCAAGCGGGUGGCAAGCGAAUUCGUGAAGCUGGCAACAUUAACAAGUCUCUCAUGACACUGUCCCAGUGCAUCAAGGACUUGCGUUGGAACCAACUACACCCGCGGGCGGCAUCGCGUCUGCCUCCUUUUCGCGAGUCGCGCUUGACCCGUCUUUUUCAAGGGUAUCUCGAGGGCAAGGGCGUCGUGCGCAUGAUUGUCAACCUGUCUGUCGAGGACAAGGACUACGAUGAGACCAUUCAUGUUCUCAAUUUUAGCGCCAUCGCGCGCAAAGUUAAGGACCGUGCUGUGGCAAGCCGCAUCGAUACCGGACGGCAUGCUGCCUCGACCUCCGAUGAGCCGCAAAAUAAGAUGGUUCUUGAGGGUGAACUGUCGGCCCUACGACACCAACUCGAUGCCACCGAAAAAGACAUGGAGUCGCUACACGAGUAUAAUGAGACCCUGCAAGAUCGUAUUUAUGACUUGCAACAGGCCCUGCUUCGCUUCGAAAGGGAACAAACAGAACUUGAGGCCCGAAUUCGCGAAGAAGUGGCCGAAGAAAUGGCUGAGCAGCUCGUGGAGAUUGAAGAGGCCUUUGAGGCCAUGGCCAAGCGUAACGUGACAAACAUGGAACAUACGUAUGAAAGAAAGUUGGCGCUUCUGACCCACAGUGUAGCACGAGCCGCACAUCACCGACGCAUUCGCAGUGCCGUGGCUUCCCCGGCUGCACCACCGCAAGCUGCCGUUGCAAACAAUGCUGCUACUGCUCCUUCAGAAGACGAAGUGCGCCUUGGUACCGAGCUUCGUUUGGCUCAGGAACGCAUUGCUGAGCUUGAGCAGCAGCUUGGCGCGGCGCAGCAAGAGAAUGAAAACACACGUCGUGAUCUCAAGUCGGUGCGAGCACGGGCUGCGGAGGAAGUGGGGGCCAUAACCGUCAAGUACAAGCGGGCUCAGGUGGCUCUGGAGCAGGCGCAGAUUCAGGCUGUGGGCUCUCGAGAUAGCCUGCAAAAGGAAACGGCCGAUCUCCAAAGCAAACUCGAAGCUGCCAAUGCGGCACGCGCUGACAUGUUAACGCUGGUUGCCGAGCUCGAGGCUGACCUGGAGGCCCGAGAGACGGAAAACGCACAAUUGCAAGCGCAGGUGGAGCAGCUGUUCGAGGCUGGUGCAGACGCGGCCGACGUGGCUCAGCUCCAUGAGCAGGCAGAGAUUCAGGCAGCUACCAUAUCAGAACUGCGAGCACAGGUGGCUUCAGUGCAAGAGCUAAAGGAGAUGACAACGGUGCAGGCUGCAAAUAUUGCAGCACUGGAGCGAGAGGUCAAGGUCAUCAAGGCCAAGAACAAAGCCCUGCAAGAAGAAGUCAAGGCUUUGCAGCAAGACAAGGCGACGCUGCGACAAAAGUUGGAUGACGUUACGGAGACGGCGCAAAGCGCCAUGGAGGAGGCGGAGCAGUUGUCGCGGGCUAGCUCAAUGCGAUCGCUCGCCAGCUUCAAGAGCGGCGCCUCGAUCAAAUCAACCAUCAGCCUCGCUGCCUUGGAGCAUGAAGGCCUUCAUAGCAUUGACAACUAUGUGGCGACGCCUCCCCGGGUGACGGUUUCGGUGGAGGAACAUGCCACUCCAAUCUAUGACAACAUGGGUGAGGUGACAAUGAUUGGGGAGACUGGUGCGCGAGACAGCCCUCAGUCAUCGAAGCGGGCCAAGCGAUACGAGGUGCAUGCAGAUGCUGAAACCGCAGACCCGGUUGAAGCGGCUCAACCCUCCGCUUUGGCCAAGGCUUCGACGACACCCGAAGCCAAGACGCGCAAGGGUCGUAAAGGCCGCAAGGCUGCGAAAGCUGUCAAGGAGACUGCAGAAGCCUCGAGCGCCCAGGACGAGAACGACAGCGUGAAAAGCACGCCCGAGGUGGCAACCAAAUCCACACGACGCACGCGCAAGCUGGGUCAGCGAACCAACAUUGCCUCGCCCUUGCAAGAAACAUCCAACGUGGCGGCUACAACAAACACGAAGACAGCUGCGCCGGAGCGGGAGACCAAGAUGUUGACGCCGAUUGGUCGCCGCUUGCGCCCACGCCGGACGCGGGCAAACAAGUGA